AUGCUACGGCGGGCCGGACGCGGCGGCACAGAUAUUGUCUUUCCCUCCCUCUGCCUCUCCCUCUCCAUCGGGGCCGCGGAUGUCGGCAGCCGGCGGGGCGGCGGCGGCUGCGGGGUGGGGCACCCGGCCAAAAAAAAAAACCCACCCAUCAACCCUUCUCCAGAUCUCCUCAGAAAACACACACCUUCCAUCUAUAAAUACAACCCAUCUCCUCCUCAGAUAACACACAGCCUCUCCCCUCUCACUGGGAACACAUCACUCCCGCUAGCCAUGGCCUCUUACACAAUAGAUUCCGUUCAAAGUGAGCUUAAGAUGACCCUAUACAUUAAGGAGGUGUAUGACGGACCGGACACUAACGGAGUGACCAUUAUAAGCAGAGCGAAAAUGGGUACAACCUGGGUCUUUUCGUGGCUGGUAACAGAUGGGCCAGGUCCCGAUGCAAAUAUCGUCGGUCAUAUGCAGGGCACAAGUGUUCAAGUAGCCAAUACUCCUGAUGUGUAUCAAUAUUCCCUUGGAUUAGUGUUUGGGGAUAAAAGGUUCAAUGGGUCCACGCUACAAAUAUCUGGAACUUCCCAAAUAAAUGGUGAGUGGAGCAUUGUUGGAGGGACCGGAGAACUUGCUAUGGCUAAGGGUACUAUCAAACGCACAGAAAUCAGAUAUAUCGGAAACACAAGGAUUUCAGAACUCAAAAUACAUGCGUUUUACACUCCAAUGAACUCUACAACCGUUUCCAGCAAUAAUACUGGAUGCAAAUUCCAGAAGGCAUGAGUUUGCAGUCCUUUAGAUUCCUCUUAGUGCAAGGCAAACAAGAUCUGCUAAGGAAAUAUCUGUGUAUUAUCAGUUGUUUGUUUCCUAAUAAUAAUCUCGACUCUGUAUUCGGGAUUACAGACCAAAUUUGCUGGUUCCAUGUCACCUUAGUUUGCUCCACGAGUAGUUCGUUUUCAUUAUUGAGUCUUAUUUAGUUUCGGUUUGGGUUUCCUAACCGGGACUAAGGAAGGAUUUUCUACUGGUGUGUGGAAUUGUGUCACCGUGCCACUGUUACAAUGACGUGUAUUAUUUCAAUAAAAUUUAUUUUGUGCUACGUCA